AUGGCGACUGGAGAACUGGAUACGAUGCAAAAAUACGCCGGCUGCACAAAUCGCGCGGCUUUGAAUGGAGCGGUAGAAGAGGGCCCCAAGGGUCUAGCAACAGAUGCCACCCAUCGUGGAUCCAAUAGAGCCCUAGAGAAGCCGUUUAGAAGAUGCGAAGAGAGCUGCAGGAUCCAGGAUGUCCCUCUUGACUCGCAGAGUCCAAACGUUGAUGGUACCGAAAUGAACCAACUUGCUGGACCAAAGAAUGGACGUUUCGACUUUGAAGAUGGGAUAAUAAUACGAGAAUUUCCUACGCAGAACACAUCACACAGUUUUAUAUAUAUCCUGCAAGUUGCAGUACCCAGUGCACCCUCCGAGAUGCUGCCAGCCACGGCUUCUUCUCACCCGGGAUUCGGAGUCUUUCUUCACGAGGAUUUUGCCGUCUACUUGCUAGAGCACACCGAUAAGUCUCGUCUCGUCCACACUGACAUGGGUGUUUUGGCCCUAUAA